ACAUAAAAUUUGCCUUGUUGCCUCUCACAACUCCCAUUUCCUCACAAAAAAAAUUGUUUUUUUUUUUCUCUCUAGCUGAAGAUCCUCCAUAACAAACCCAACUAUGAAUCCCUCCAAUGACACAAGCAUAGACAUUGAAAACCACCCAAAUGAAGAACAAGAAGACCAACCCAAUGUUCCCUUGCUCCUGCGGCCAUCUUAUGCUAGAUCAAAAUCUAUGAUCUUCGAUGAACUGAGAAACUUUCGCAUAAGCCUCAAAUGGUGUGCUCUUGACCACUCUUCAUGCGUUGGAAAACUCAUUUCCUACGUUUUGUUCAUCUUCCUCGCCAUCAUUGUCCCUCUCCUCACAUCCCUCUUCAUUCAAGUACCUGCCUCUGCCCCUGAAGAUGAUCCCAUCUCCUUCAACAAGCUAGUCCAAUUACCAGAAUCUGGCCUCGCCAUUAUUGCCUUCUUCACUCUAUCCCGUUUCUUCCGAAGGUAUGGCCUUAGGCAGCUUCUGUUCUUAGACGCAUUGCAGGAUGACACUACAUAUGUUAGACGCGGUUACACACGCGAGCUUGAGAAGGCAUUCAGAUACUUAGCAUGCAUAAUGUUACCUUCCUUCUUUGUAGAACUUGCACAUAAAAUCAUAUUCUUCUCCGCGGUCAAAAUUUCAGCACCAUAUAUCAGCCCCGGGUUCCCUCUGAACUCAAUUGUGUUUGUGUUGGUAUUGGUUUCUUGGGUUUACAGAACAGUGGUGUUCUUGUUGGUGUGUGUGCUUUUCAGGCUAACCUGUGAGCUUCAGAUACUGAGGUUUGAAGGGGUUCACAAACUUUUUGAAGGAUGUGGAUCUGAUGCAGGUGUUAUAUUCAAAGAGCAUUUGAGGAUUAGAAAGCAAUUAUGGGUUACAAGUCAUAUGUAUAGGUUCUUCAUACUUUGGUGCUUAAUUACAAUUACCGUUAGUCAAGCGGGUGCUCUCUUGCUGGCUUUAGCUUCCAACUCUGAUAAGACCUUCUUCAAUUCUGGUGACCUUGUGAUUUGUUCAGCUGUGCAGUUAAGUGGGUUCUUGUUGUGCAUCCUAGGGGCAGCAAGAAUCACACAUAGAGCUCAAGGAAUAGUGUCAAUUGCCACAAGAUGGCACAUGCUGGUGACUAAUGCGUCUGCUGAAUCAGAACAACGCAAAGCUCAGAUUUCUGAGGGGCUAGCCAGUGGCAGUGAUUCUGAUUCCUCAGAUAUACACAUAUCAGUAAUCCCACAAAGACUUUCUUCUUUCCAAAUCAGGCAAUCUUUAGUAACAUAUUUACAGCACAACCAUGGGGGAAUAACGCUGUAUGGAUUUACACUUGAUCGAGGAUUGCUUCAUACUCUGUUUGCUUUCGAGUUUUCUCUAGUGCUUUGGAUUCUGAGUAAGGUAGUUGUCUUGUCCUAAGUCAUAACCAAAUAUUCAAGUCCAGAAAAAGCCUUGCAUGAACCAAUGAAUGUAUAUCAGUAUAUCAUAUGUUUGUUCCUUUUCUUUUUCUUUUUUCUUUUUUAAUUACUAUUUUUUAAAUUACUUCCUAUGUAUGAUGUUAAUAAACAAAAGCUUUCAUAUGAAAGAGAGCUUCUGCACAACUUAGUAAAAUUGAAACUUGGG